AUGCCUGACUACAACUCCCGCGAAGAGUUCCUCUGGAACGGCCUCGAGCAACUCUCACGUCUACCCGAGGACGCCGAUCCAAACUGUCCCAUUUGCCAUGAACGCUACAGCAAGGGCACAUGGGCAGAGAGCCGGGAAGAAAAGUUCGUCCGGAUCCGCAGCUGUCGGCAUAUCUUCCACACUGCUUGCCUUCGUGCUUGGAUCUCGGAACAAUCCAAAAUGGAUUGCCCUACAUGCCGGCAUGAACUGUACGCAGGCGAUGAUGCAAGCACUUUUAUCUUGCAGCUAGGCCAGGAGGUGGUGCAACUUGUUACCAACACACAGCAAGCAGCAGACGAAUUGGUAACCUCUCAAGAGAUGAUGAUUAACCGACUGAAUGCCGAGAUUGAGGAUCAUCGCCGCAGGAGCGAGCAUCACGAGGCGCUCAUUGCAAGCCUCAAAGAGACGGCAGGAGCUUGUCUAGAGGGAGACAAGCAGACAGACAAGGACUCCUCAUCUUAG